AUGCAGGAGGAUUGUUUGAUCCUGCUGUUUGAUACGAAGGAGGGAUGCCCUUGUUACGCGGAUGUACGAGAUGGGGUUGCUAAAUUGGGAGAUUUAUGGUUUCGUGUUUUAGAUUCAGCUGGCUUGGAAGCAGAGGCUUCGUCAGGUUCUGUUCUUGGCACAACAGCAGCAAUGACAUUGACGAGCUCCCAAUUUGCUCUCUUCCUAGUAGAUGUAAGAUUAGCCUUGUUAGCCCAUAAAAUGAGCACAGAAGACACGGCGGCCGCCAGUGCUACCGGCGUGGUGGUGGUGGAGUUGCCACUAGGAGAUGCCGCAGCCACAUUCAAUCUCGAGAAAGCAGUAUGCAGCCACGGGCUAUUCAUGAUGGCCCCCAACCACUGGGACCCACAGUCCAAGACUCUCCAGCGGCCCCUCCGCCUCAAUCUCGAUCCCCUUCACGAGGACCAUGAAGCUUCACUCAUGGUUCAAAUCUCUCACCCUAUUCACUCCCCUCACGUGCUUCGACUCUGCGUAUUUGACACCAGCUCUCUCUCCCCUCAACAUCAACACUCCCUGCUGGAUCAAGUAAGGAGAAUGUUGAGAUUAUCGGACGAAGAGAAUCGGAGGAUAAGGGAUUUUCAGGAAGUACACGAGGAAUCAAAAAACAGGGGGUUCGGAAGGGUUUUCAGGUCGCCAACGUUGUUCGAGGACAUGGUCAAAUGCAUUCUCCUUUGCAAUUGCCAAUGGUCAAGGACGUUGAGUAUGGCUAAAGCACUUUGUGAACUCCAGUUGGAACUACAGCUUCCCUUGUCUAAUGAAUCUCUUGUGUGUGCUGGUAAUGAAACUAUUUCUGGUUGUCAAACAGUUGAAACCAAUCCGUUUGUUCCAAAAACACCUUCAGGGAAAGAGUCGAAGAAAAACCCUGGAGUUCGCAAAUGCUCAAUCAACUUAGCGAACAGAUAUGCAGAGGUUAAAGAAACAGAAGACAAUGCUAACUUGGAAGAAAGUUGUGUCCAAAUUUCAGACCGUUCCCAGCCUUUAGGAGGGAAAGGAGUUUCCUCCUGCACUAAGAUUGGAAAUUUCCCGAGCCCAAGAGAACUGGCUUCCCUUGAUGAGAAGCUUUUAGCAAAACGGUGCAAUCUAGGCUAUAGAGCAGGUCGUAUAUUGAAGCUUGCUCGAGAAAUAGUUAAGGGUAGUAUUCGACUAAGAGAACUUGAAGAUGUCCGUGGUACACUAAGCUUGUCUGAGUAUGAUAAGUUGGCGGAGAAGCUGAAAGUUAUAGAUGGAUUUGGACCGUUUACUUGCGCUAAUGUACUGAUGUGCAUGGGAUUUUACCAUGUCAUUCCAACUGAUUCAGAAACUAUUAGGCAUCUAGAACAGGUUCAUGCCAAAAGCUCAACAAUUCGGGCAGUUCAAAGAGAUGUUGAAGUGAUUUAUGGGAAAUACGCACCAUUUCAGUUUCUAGCUUAUUGGUCAGAAGUGUGGCAGUUCUAUGAGGAAUGGUUUGGAAAGCUAAGUGAGAUGCCCCCUCCUGGUUAUAAACUUAUUACUGCUGCUAAUAUGAGGCCAAAAAGAAAUGGAGAAAAUAAGAGGAUUAAGAAUGAAUUAAUUAAUCAAACCAUGCUAGAUGCUGAAGAUGAAGAACGUGGUAAAUGUUUUUACGCUGAUGUUUUACCUCAGGCUGUAGCCUCUGGUGGUGUAUCAGGCUGCUUUCCUGGCAUAGCAUCUUGA